GGAGUGGCGCUUUCUUCUUAGUCACAUCGCCUCCAACAGCCGAUCCUUGAACGUCGGGAAGAGGAAGAGAAAAAAAGCUGAAAAAAUGCGUGAAUGUAUCUCUAUGCAUGUUGGCCAAGCUGGCGUCCAGAUGGGCAAUGCAUGCUGGGAGCUCUACUGUCUGGAGCACGGCAUCCAGCCAGAUGGACAGAUGCCCAGUGACAAGACCGUUGGAGGUGGAGAUGACUCCUUCAACACCUUCUUCAGUGAGACCGGAGCUGGAAAACAUGUUCCCAGGGCCAUCUUUGUGGACCUGGAACCAACAGUUAUCGAUGAGAUCCGGACCGGAACUUACCGGCAGCUGUUCCACCCUGAGCAGCUGAUCACGGGGAAGGAAGAUGCUGCCAACAACUACGCCCGCGGUCACUACACGGUCGGCAAGGAGAUCAUCGACCUGGUUCUGGACAGGACCCGUAAACUGGCGGACCAGUGCACAGGUCUCCAGGGUUUUCUCAUAUUCCAUUCCUUCGGAGGAGGAACCGGCUCCGGCUUCACCUCCCUGCUGAUGGAGCGUCUGUCGGUCGACUACGGCAAGAAGUCCAAGCUCGAGUUCGCUGUGUAUCCGGCUCCUCAGGUGUCCACCGCUGUGGUGGAGCCGUACAACUCCAUCCUGACCACCCACACCACCCUGGAGCACUCGGACUGCGCCUUCAUGGUGGACAACGAGGCCAUCUAUGACAUCUGCCGCAGGAACCUGGACAUCGAGCGUCCCACCUACACCAACCUGAACCGCCUGAUCGGACAGAUCGUCUCCUCCAUCACCGCCUCCCUGCGCUUCGACGGCGCCCUGAACGUGGACCUCACGGAGUUCCAGACCAACUUGGUGCCCUACCCUCGUAUCCACUUCCCCCUGGCCACUUACGCCCCCGUCAUCUCAGCGGAGAAGGCGUACCACGAGCAGCUGUCGGUGGCUGACAUCACCAACGCCUGCUUCGAGCCGGCCAAUCAGAUGGUGAAGUGCGACCCCCGCCACGGGAAGUACAUGGCCUGCUGCCUGCUGUACCGCGGAGACGUGGUGCCCAAAGACGUCAACUCCGCCAUCGCCACCAUCAAAACCAAGCGCUCCAUCCAGUUCGUGGACUGGUGUCCCACUGGCUUCAAGGUGGGCAUCAACUACCAGCCCCCCACCGUGGUUCCUGGAGGAGACCUGGCCAAGGUGCAGAGGGCCGUGUGCAUGCUGAGCAACACCACGGCCAUCGCCGAGGCCUGGGCCCGGCUCGACCACAAGUUCGACCUCAUGUACGCCAAGAGGGCCUUCGUCCACUGGUACGUGGGGGAGGGCAUGGAGGAGGGGGAGUUCUCCGAGGCCAGAGAGGACAUGGCCGCCCUCGAGAAGGAUUACGAGGAGGUGGGAACAGACAGCGUCGAAGAGGAGGAAGAGGGCGAAGAGUACUAGAGCUUAGUUCAAACGCACCCAUGUAUUUUUGUUUUUGUUCGUUUUAGUUUAAUAAAGUUCAACUCGACUGUU